AUUCUGGUUUAGUUGAAAUUUUUACACAUAUCCUUAUCUCGAUUUCACAUUUUUUAAUUAUUACCUGAAUCAUCAACUUUGCUCCAAUUUACUUGAGUAAAUAAUAAAUACUUUGGUGUGAUUCUACAUUUUUGUCACGUUACUUCAUCCAUCUACUUAUGUAUACAGUCUCUACUGUAAUACAAAGAAAUACUUGCCAAAUAACAGGAUUUUUAUUUAAGACUUGCUAGUGCUGAAUCAUGACGACUACUCAAAAAAACGCAUCAUGUGGCUUAGACUUUAGUGCACUUCCACAUGUAAGAGAUGGCUUAUAUGUUGCAAGCUCUGCUAAGUAUCAGUUCGUCACAGUACCUCUAGUUCAUCCUAAUUUUAAAAGAGAAUUCAUUGGUGGUGCUGCAAAAAAUCGACCAGGGCCAUGGACAAGAUCGGAUAUGAUACUUUGCAGUUCAGACUGGACAAGUCUAAUAGUUGGCAAAAUUUCACCUCACAUACAUGUUGAUUCAAAAGUACCUGUGAUCGCAAAAAAUAGUGAAGAAGCUCUUUACCAAGAAUUGGCAUUGUCUGCUCAUUUAGGGCUAGCUGCAAUCACGUUAAAGUUGAAUGGAAAUUUGGAAAAAAAUAUGAAUUUGGCUAGAAUAUUAUUCAACAAGCUUUCUACGGCCUUGCACUGCCAUGCGCAAGUGUGGGUCCAGGUUCCCAUGGAAAAUCCUCGAAAACAGGCAUAUUCUUAUAGAAAAGAUAAAAAUGUUGAACUACUGAUGGAAGCUAAUAAGGUAGAAAAUACUUGGCAUUGGUGGAACCAGUUCAGGACAGUUUGUGAUUAUGAUCGAAAACUUAAUGUUGCCUUAAUUGUUAGUCAUGAUCUUCCUGAUCCACAAGAGAUCGACAGGUGGGUUGGUGAACCAGUUAAAUGUUUGAUUAUACCUACUACAGUAUUUAUAAGUAAUAAAAAAGGAUUUCCAGUGUUGAGUAAAGCUCACCAAAUGAUGAUCAAGAAGUUUUGUCCUCUAGAUGUACAGUUUGUUAUAAGUGGCGCUAAUCGUCAUCAAAAUGUAGUUUACUACUACCAUUACAUGGAUCAUUUAUGGAAGAAUUGGCAACCCAAUGGAGCUGUUGAGCGAUUUGCUCGUGGUUUUGAGGAUUAUCUUCAGUGUCCUUUACAACCAUUAAUGGAUAACUUGGAGUCUGGAACUUAUGAGAUUUUUGAAAAGGAUCCUAUUAAAUAUCAAGAAUAUCAAAAUGCUAUCGAAAAAGCAUUAAUUGACAUGGCUUCAGAGAAAGGACAUAGUAAAGAACAGCCAGUGAUCAUCAUGGUUGUCGGCGCUGGUCGCGGACCGUUAGUUCGAGCUUCAUUAAAUGCUGCCUUAAAUGCUAAACAAGUAAUUAAAGUGUAUGCAGUCGAAAAGAAUCCAAAUGCUGUUUUAACGCUGCAAGCAUUGCAACAAGAAAUGUGGGGGGACACAGUAAUCGUUAUUUCUUCAGACAUGAGAAAAUGGAACGCACCUGAAAAGGCUGAUAUUCUUGUUUCAGAAUUGUUAGGAUCUUUUGGAGAUAAUGAGCUCUCUCCAGAGUGUUUGGAUGGUGUUCAACAGUUUUUGAAAGAUGAUGGAAUAAGUAUACCAAGUUCGUAUACCUCCUACCUUGCUCCAAUUCAGUCACCGAAAUUAUAUAAUGAAGUAAAGUCAUUUAAAGAUAAGGAUAAGCAUCCAUUGAGUCACUUUGAAACGCCUUAUGUUGUUCACUUUCAAAACAAAUACGAUAUAGACGUUCCUCAAGCACUUUUUACUUUCCAUCAUCCAAACAAAGAUGAAACAGUUGACAACAGAAGAUAUUGUAAAAAUACUUUUAAAGCUGAACAAGACUGUGUACUUCAUGGAUUUUCUGGAUAUUUUGAUGCCGUUUUAUACAGAAAUGUAAAAAUUAGUAUUGAACCAAGAACUCAUAGUCCUCGAAUGUUUAGCUGGUUUCCAAUAUUUUUUCCUAUAAAGGAUCCAAUGAAUUUAAAAGCUGGUGAUCAAAUCGUUAGUCAUUUUUGGCGCCGCUGCAAUGACAAGAACGUGUGGUACGAGUGGGCCAUCGAAAAGCCAGUUCCCAUUCAUGUUCAUAAUCCUAACGGCAGAUCAUCAACAAUGGGACUGUAAUGAUCGCACAAUGAUUUCGUGUUCCGUAUGACCAAAAAAAGGGAUUCACUUUUAAAACCUUAAUCAAAUAAUCAGUUUUCAAGUAUAUAGAUUUUCAGACAGAAAAAAAAAUCACUCAUCAGCAGGUUUAUAAUGAACUUGAAUGCAAACAAUUACCAAUUUAUCAAUAAAAUCAACUAUAUUGUUUGCACCAAACAACGUUUGAAAAUUUUUUAUCAUGGAUCACAUUGAUUUAAAAACCUUUAUUCGAAGGCUUGUAUUUUUAAAUGUUUUUCCUACUUGUAUUGCCAUCGAGGUCACGAAAGUCGUAACAUCUUUUGAUAACAUGAUCGCGCGGGUUAUCGUUUUACGCAUACUUAAAUAUUUAUUGUAACGUAAUCGAUGUGUUACAUGACCUAUUGGCCUCACGUGAUCCAAGAAAAUUAAUAUUUGUGCAGUUUCAUACUCUAAAAUUGCACUGUUCUUUAAUACUACCAUUAAACUUUAUUAGUUAAAAUCCUUUUUUUUUUAUUUUUACAU